AUGCCAGGCCUAUUGGAUUAAGUAAUAUCCUCAUUACGUGGUGGUGGUUGUGGAUCUUUGAAAACAAUUCCCAACACAGAAAUAGUCUUAAAGUCUGAUAUUUAGGACAUAGAUAAUUUCAUUUCUAGAUUUGAUUCUUUUGUCUAAACAAUAUACACUAAAGCAGAUGUUGCAGCUAAUUAAACAGAAGCUUAAGAAAUAAUGAUAGCCAUAUAAUGGUUUAUUUUAUAAGAGGAAAAAAUUUAUAAACUCAUCAAGAUUGCCUAAAUGGUCUUAAAAUCAUACAACUUAAUUAUAAAUGGAAUCCGAAAAUUAUUGGAAAGUUGUUUGAUCUAUGUCAGAACGGAUUCAUUUAAAUGCUUAUUCAUCUUAAAUAUUACAGCAUCUCUAUCUAAGGUGAUAUUUAGUUUCCAUAUCAGAAAUGAUUAGAGAUAAUUGAGUUGCGAUACAAAAUAGAAAUUUUUGGAUAUUUGCGACGAAUUAAAAUAAUAAAUGGAAAUAGAGAAGAAUGAUUUCAUUCAAAAUUAAUUGGAACUUUACCUUUUCCUAACAAAAACUUCAUUUCAAAUGGCCCCAAAUGAUGAUAAAGAACGGAAUGAUAUUUUAAAAGGUUUUUUAAAUGGCAUUUUUGAAUCCAUAAUUGAUAUGAAACCUAAUGCUGAAUUAUUGAUAUCAUUGUUUCGUGGAGUCUACAUGCUUUACAAUCAGUAUGUGAAUUAAAAAAAUAGAUAAUAAUAUGAAGUUUAUUUUUCAAUAGAUAUGUUGUAAUGGGAAAUCAUAUAUAACUUUAAAAAUGCUGGCUAAAAGAAUUUGGAUGAAAUACUCUUACAAAUAGAGGAAACACAUGAAAAAAUUGUGAAAAAUUCAAGGAAUUGGGAAAACCAUUAUUUGUGGAUUUAAAUGAUUGGAACAAUCUUAUUAUAUAAUCCUCUUAU